AUGACUGUGGGGAACAUGGAGAGCGCUGAGCUGUUUGAUGCAGGGAAGAAAGGUCGAGGCCUGAGGGCCACCAAGGAGCUCAGCGCUGGGGAAGUGGUCUUCGCAGAGCCCAGUUUCUCCGCCGUGGUCUUUGACAGUUUGGCCACUCAGGUGUGCCACAGCUGUUUCCGGCACCAGGCCAAUCUGCACCGCUGUGCCCAGUGUAAGUUUGCCCACUACUGCGACCGCACCUGCCAGACUGCAUGCUGGGACGAACACAAGCAGGAGUGUGGGGCCAUCAGGAAGACCGGCAAGGCGCCCAGCGAGAGUGUUCGUCUGGCUGCCCGCGUGCUGUGGCGUAUUCACAAGGACACAGGCAUUGUGUCGGACAGUCAGCUGGUUUCCGUGGACCAGCUGGAGGACCACGUGGCCGACCUGCCUGAAGAAGACGGCAAGAAGCUCAAGACUGACGUGCACAGCUUCCUGGAGUACUGGUCCUACGGACGCAAGCAGCACUCCGUCGAAGACAUCUCACACAUCUUUGGCAUCAUCAAGUGUAAUGGUUUCACGCUGAGUGACCAGAAAGGCCUGCAGGCCGUCGGCGUGGGUCUUUUCCCCAACCUAUGUCUUGUCAACCAUAACUGCUGGCCCAACUGCACCGUCAUCCUCAACCACGGCAACCAGUCAGCUGUGAGUUCAGCUCUCCAUUCUCAGAGGAGGAUCGAGCUGCGAGCCGUGGAGAAAAUUGCAGAGGGCGAGGAGCUGACCGUCAGCUACGUGGACUUCCUCAACCUGACUGCUGACCGCCAGAAGAAGCUGAAGGAGAACUUCCACUUCGACUGCACCUGCGAACACUGCAGUCAGCACAUCAAGGACGACCUGAUGAUGGCUGCCGCAGAGAGCGAGGGGAACAAACUAUCUGCUGAUAAGGUAAAAGAGGUGACCGCCUUCAGUAAGGAGUGUCUGGAGAAGAUUGAAAUGGCUCGGGUUGAUAGGGAUUACCAAGAGGUGGUGAAGUUGUGUCGUGAGUGUCUGCAGAAGCAGGAGAACGUCUUGGCCGACACUCACCUGUACAAGCUGCGUGUGCUCAGCAUUGCCAGUGAGGUUCUUUCAUACCUGAAGUCCUUCUCUGAGGCUGCAGGGCUCGCCCGCAGGAUGGUGGAGGGAUACAAGAAGUUGUACCACCCUAACAACGCCCAGUUAGGCAUGGCCAUCAUGCGGGCAGGGAUCACUCACUGGCAUGCAGGGCAGAUAGAGGUGGGUCACGGCAUGAUCUGCAAGGCCUACCGCAUCCUUAUGUUCACCCACGGACCCAACCACGCCAUCACCAGAGACCUAGAGUCCAUGCGCAGGCAGACUGAGCUGGAGCUAAAGAUGUUUAAGCAGAACGAGCAGGUGUACCACGCCAUGAGGGAUGCUGCGCUGAAGAAAUGAAAAGAUCAGAGCACAAGCAAUAAUAUGAUAAUAUCUUAUCACCUUCACUGCUGAAGAUCCUAUCACUAAAAAACCUGCUGAUGUUCUGAUGCAUGUCUAACACUGACAUACAUACUGUAUGUCCUCUAAAGCACUGCACCCAGCCCCUGUGCUGAGCCUGAAUGAUACAGUGUUCUGUUCAAAUCAGCAUGUGCAGAUGAAACACGAAAUGUAACUGUAUGUACAGUAUCUGCAAUAAAAGUGGAGAUACGACAUGUGUCACAGAAAUAA